AUGGCCCCUAGUUUGGGAACCACUGUUCUAAAACAAAUGAAGGCAACGGGAAACCACUGCUGUACCUUCCCAAGAACAAUCAUGGCAGUACAACACAUCACAGAGAAUAGCAACAAUGACGUGAAGGGUAGCUUCCUAGAAGCGACCUCGUCCGGUAGGGUUCGUCAUGAGCUGCAGGUGACACCAGACCGUCAUCAAGCUACUGCGCUGAAGAACAAACAUCCGCUUAAAAUUACUACCUGGAAUGCUAGAACAAUAAAUAUAGCUGGAAAGUUGGAAAACAUCAAGGAGGAAAUGAACAGAUUGCACAUCAAUAUCAUGGGCAUAUCUGAGAUGAGAUGGACAGGAGCUGGAGCUAUAUCAUCAGAAAACCAUGAGAUCAUAUACUCAGGAGGCGAACAGCACGAACGAGGAGUUGGCAUCAUCGCACACUCGAAAACACCUAAGGCUUUACUAGGAUACUGGGCCAUUUCUGACCGCAUUCUGAUAGCAAGGUUUAAGGGGAGUCCUAUAGACAUCGGCAUAAUUCAAACAUAUGCACCCACUACUAAGAGCAGUGACGAAGACAUAGACAGAUUUUAUGCCCAGUUAGAUCAGGCAUACUCGCAGUGCAAAUCCCAGGAUAUCAUCAUUGUUAUGGGGGAUUUCAAUGCUAAAGUUGGUAACGAGAGGGUAGACAACAUCGUGGGUCCUCAUGGACUAGUAAGCCGUAAUGAGAGAGGGGAGAUGCUGGUGGAAUGGGCGCAAACGAACAUGAUAAUUGGAAACACCUGGUUUAAGCAACCACCAAGAAGACUGUGGACAUGGUUGAGUCCAGAUGACCACACCCGGAAACAGAUUGAUUACAUUCUUGUUAAUAAACGCUUUCGUAACUCUCUUUUGGCAUCCAAAACGUUACCAGGAGCAGACUGUUACAGCGAUCAUGUUCCAGUGAUGGGCCGAUUUAGGGCCAAGAUGAGAACACUAAAGAAACCUACCCUAAGGGAACAACUAGAUGUAUCAUUACUCCAGAAAAAUAACACUAUAAAGGAGAAGUACACUGUAGAGGUAAAGAACAGGUUCAGUGCUUUAGAGGAUCUUGAUUCCAUCGAGGAUCAUUAG